AUGUCUCAACCGAAUACUCCAGAAAAUCGUCACGUACAGUCAUUUGCUCCAAAUUCAUCACGAACGAGACCGUCCUUUUCGUCUGCGAGAACAGGUUCAAGUUCCAACACUUUAACGUCGGCCACAGUUCUGGAUACGAAUUCUACCGAGGGCUACUCAGGAGCUACCUUUGAAACCGUACCUAGCUCUAUCGUCUCAUUUCACCAUCCACACUCAUUUCAUUCCAAUGCUGCCAGCAACCUAGGAAGUCCGAGAAUCUCGAACGAAAGACACGGCCGUAGAUCCCACGAGACCGAGUCUCUGCUCUCUGGCCGGAACUCAAUGUCCAGAUCUCGAGCUUCAUCUCGAACGCCAAAUUUUCGCUACUUUUCCGAAGAAGAAAUCGAACUCGCUGAAGGUGUCUCAUCGACUCUGGAAACUGCAGAUUACGAUAUUAAUUGGGACGGGACCCCUACAUACGAGCAAGAACGUUUGCAUUACCACAACUCUUCUGGAAGGUCAUCUUUACGUAGUGCUGCCGGAUACUCCUUAGCCUCGUUCCGCUCUCGGUCUUCUAAUCGCUCAGGUGUCUCUCAAGGCUACGGUGGGACCAGUAAUAGCCCUCCAAAUAGAAGUCACAGUCAAACUGAUGGCUCUCAGCAGGCUUUUGGUACGUCGCCACACUCAUCUUCAAGCUCGUCUAGAUACAGUUAUAGAGAUAGAAUUCCAGCUCAAAUUGAAGAUGAGGCAGGUCAAAUGUCAAUGCGUAGCCGACGUUCGUCGGAAAGCAGCUCAAGUAAUGGAAGCUUCCUGGAUGACGUUGAUCAAGCUUCAUUACCUGACCAAGCGCUGGACCGCAAGAAAAAAAGCUCGUCCUACCACGCUGAAUAUCUGAAGCCAGAAUACCAUGAUAGAUUUUUCCCCCAGCACGUACCACAUCUUCACUUUCAGCGCUUUUACAUUGCAGAAGAGGAUCUAGUUGUAGGAAUUGCUGGGUUCAAAACGUCAAAGAUUGGUAAUUUGAUCUAUUAUGCUCUCUCUUUUCUAUCACUUGGUCUCUUUUACUUAACUCUCAGGUGGGUACCUCGUUAUAAAGUAAGGCUAUGUGGUAACAAAGUCCAUUUGGCAAAAGCCGAGUGGGUUGUAAUCGAAAACGAGUUUGGCGAACUUGUGAUAACCAAAGUGGAUAGAACGUGGUACAAUCGACCUUUAAGCACUUUGUUACCUCAGGAAAAGAAUCACGAAAGCGACGAGGCCCAUAGUCACCGCCACCGCCAUCAUCAUGAAAGUGAGGAAAACCCUAACAUCCCUAUCAUGAUUCAAUUCUCCUAUCGGUAUUUUAAUCUCAUCUAUAACCCUAUUGAGGACAUUUUCAAGACCAACAGUAAUUGGACAGACGCCGAUUGGUUGAGCCUUGACGCCAAUAAUGCUGGGCUUACCACAUCAAUAGUGGAGGAUAGAGUACUGGCUUUUGGAAAAAACAGUAUCAACUUGAAGCAGAAAACAACAGGCCAGAUUCUGUUUGAUGAGGUGCUCCAUCCCUUUUACGUCUUUCAAAUCUUCUCCAUUUUUUUGUGGCUUGCAGACGAUUACUACUAUUAUGCGGCUUGUAUCUUGAUUAUUUCGUUCCUUUCGGUUGGCGAUACUCUACUUGAAACCAAGAAAACCUCUCAACGGCUUUCAGAAAUUUCACACUCACACUGCGAAGUAAGAGUCUACCGAGAUGGGUUUUGGGUCCAAGUUGCUUCAUCAGAACUUGUUCCAGGUGACGUUUACGAAGUUUCUGACCCUUCGUUAAACUCUUUCCCUUGUGAUUCUAUGUUACUCUCCGGGGACUGUAUUGUCAAUGAGUCGAUGCUAACCGGUGAAUCUGUGCCAGUUACAAAGUUACCAGCAACCGAUGACACGAUGUAUCAGCUACUUGACGAUUUUCAAAACACUCAAAUUUCUAAUCUUUUAGCCAAGUCGUUUCUGUUUAAUGGAACUAAGAUUAUUAGAGUUCGAAUCGGAGCUGGACAAUCAACUGCUUUGGCGAUGGUAGUGCGUACCGGGUUUUCUACAACAAAGGGCUCCUUGCUCCGUUCGAUGAUAUUUCCGAAGCCUACUGGUUUCAAGUUCUACCAAGACUCCUUCAAGUACAUUGGAUUUAUGACAGUCAUAGCUAUGAUAGGGUUUUCCGUUAGCUGCUACAACUUUAUCCGACUAGGCUUGGAAUAUAGGGUAAUGGUCCUGAGAGCCCUUGACAUUAUCACGAUUGUUGUACCUCCCGCCCUUCCUGCGACGCUUUCAAUUGGUGCUAGUUUCGCCAUGUCCAGAUUGAAGCGUAAAGGAAUAUUUUGCAUUGCUCCUACUAGAGUGAAUGUCGGUGGUAAAAUCGACAUUAUGUGUUUUGAUAAAACUGGUACGCUGACGGAGGAUGGAUUGGAUGUAUUAGGUGUUCAUGUCUCUGAGCUGAAGGGGCAUCAAAACUCAAGAUUUGGGGAGCUGAUUACCAACGUGAGUGGUCUAUUUGACAAAUUUUCCCUCAACGACUGCAGUUCACCUUUAGACUUUAAAUCGAGAAAUUUCUUGGUUUCUUUGCUAACUUGCCACUCACUUCGUGUGGUCGAUGGCGAGUUACUAGGCGAUCCACUUGAUUUCAAAAUGUUUCAAUUCACUAAGUGGUCCUACGAGGAGGACUUUCAAGACUAUAAGUUCCAUUCAUUGAACGAGGAGCGUAAUGACAGUAGCACUCUCCCAGAGAAUAGCGGUAUCGCGCCGGCUGUUGUGCAUCCUAAUGCUGAUGACCCUAACAAUAAGUUUACUGACAAUGAUCCUAGCAACUUGUUAGGCGUCGUUCGUAGUUUCGAAUUUGUCGCCGAAUUGAGAAGAAUGAGUGUUGUUGUAAAACCGUACGGAGAAAAUGUUUUUUGGAGUUUUACCAAAGGUGCUCCUGAAGUUGUCUCGGAGAUUUGCAAUAAAUCGACACUACCUUCAAAUUAUCACGAGCUUCUACAAUACUACACACAUAACGGCUACAGAGUUAUCGCAUGCGCCGGCAAGACUUUGCCUAAGCACACUUGGAGGUACGCUCAAAAAGUUACUCGAGACGAAAUUGAAUCCAAUUUGGAAUUCUUAGGCUUGAUUGUAUUUGAAAAUAAGCUGAAGUCUGCAACAAUUCCAACUCUCUUCAAAUUAAGGGAAGCUGCUAUUAGAAGCGUUAUGUGCACAGGUGAUAACGUUUUGACCGCUAUAUCUGUGGGAAGGGAAUGUGGCUUGGUGCGCGAAAAGCAUGUGUUUGUCCCUCAGAUCAACGAUAAUGUGGGCACCAACGAGGACCUUAUUAUAUGGCAAGAUGUUGACAAUCCUGAUUUGAUGCUCGAUGGCAUUACAUUGAAGCCGACGAACGGCAGUGUUGAUUACACUAUAGCUGUUACAGGUGAUGUCUUUAGGCUGCUUUUCAAGAACAAUGAAAUUUUGCCCGAUUCUUACAUCAACGAGGUUCUGCUAAAAAGUUCAAUUUACGCUCGAAUGUCACCCGAUGAGAAGCAUGAACUUGUAGGACAGUUACAAAAGCUGGACUUCGUCGUCGGGUUCUGUGGUGAUGGUGCAAACGAUUGUGGUGCGUUAAAGGCCGCUGACGUUGGUGUUUCACUUUCCGAGGCAGAGGCAUCUGUGGCUGCUCCAUUUACGUCCAAUGCUUAUGACAUAAGUUGCAUGCUAGAUGUCAUCAAAGAAGGGCGUGCAUCUCUGACUACCUCGUUCUCGUGUUUCCAAUACAUGAGCUUGUACUCUGCAACUCAAUUUGUUACUGUAACCAUCUUGUACAGCCGAGGAAUCAACUUGGGUGAUUUCCAGUUUCUGUACAUAGACUUGUUUUUGAUUGUACCCAUUGCUAUCUUCAUGUCAUGGUCAAAGCCAUACCAUAAACUAGUGAAGAAAAGACCCUCUGCCAAUCUGGUGUCGCUAAAAAUAUUGGUGCCGCUGCUCGUAAAUAUUGGAAUCAUCCUAAUUUUUCAAGUUGUCGCAUGGCUUGCGUGUCAGCGUAUGCCGUGGUAUCAAAUUCCGGUAGUAGGUGGGGACGACGCAGUGCAAUCUUCUGACAACACCGUGUUGUUUUUUUUUGCGAACUUUCAAUACGUGUUCACAGCAGUUGUACUGUCAGUGGGACCGCCAUACCGUGAGUCAAUGUCAAAAAACAUUGGAUUUAUUACUGACGUGAUCAUCUCACUGUUACUAAAUGUGGCUUUAAUGAUGAUUCCCCCGGACUCGUGGUUAGGUGAAGUUUUUCAAAUAACUCAAAUCUCAACAGAGUUUAAGAUUUUUUUGUUGGUAUGGUCGUUUUUGAACUACUAUGCACAACUGCAUAUACCUGGAAAAUUCAAAAAGAUGUUUCCAAAGAAACAAAGUAGUAAAAGAUACAAGAAUAUUCUGAACAACAGAAAGCUGGAAUGCGUGUAA